CCCAAUUACCGAGCGACGUUGGCCCGACGUAAUCCGAAUUGGAGAAGUUGCAGAUCAGAUUCAAUUCACUCCUGCCAGCCGGGACAAUUGAAUCUCUACCUCUCUUUCUCUUACCCCUCAUCCCUUAGUAUAUAUAUUCCCCGGAAGAUUACGUCUCAUAGCUCUCGUCAUGUCACUACGCAUGGCCAUGUCUUCUCUACAGGCUUCCGGCCAGCGCGUUGCUCAGGUGUCGAGGCACUUCAGCACCAGCGGAGCCGCGAGGCAAGAGAUCCAAGAUGCAUACAUUAUCAGUGCUUCGAGGACACCAACCGCAAAGUUCAAUGGCUCCUUCCUCACAGUCCCAGCACCUAAGCUCGGAGCUGUAGCAAUCAAAUCCGCCCUCGAGAAGUCCAAAGUCCCCGUCUCAAAAAUCACCGACGUCUACAUGGGCAACGUCCUCCAAGCCGGCGUCGGCCAAGCCCCCGCCCGUCAAGCCGCCAUCUUCGCCGGCCUCCCCACCUCCGUCGAAGCCGUCACAAUCAACAAAGUCUGCGCCUCCGGCAUGAAAGCCGUCGUCUUCGCCGCCCAGAACAUCCAGCUCGGUCUCGCCGAGGCCCAGAUCGCAGGCGGCAUGGAGAACAUGUCGCGCGUGCCCUCUUACCUCCCCCGCGCCAGCUCGCAGCCCGCCUUCGGCAACCAGCAUAUCAAAGAUGGCCUGAUCGAAGAUGGCCUCUGGGACGUCUACAACCAAUUCCACAUGGGCGUCUGCGCCGAGACCACCGCGAAGAAAUACAACAUCACCCGCGAGCAACAGGACGAGUAUGCCGUGCAAUCCUACCAGCGCGCACAGGACGCCUGGAAGGCCUCCGCCUUCAAGGAGGAGAUCGCUCCCGUCACCGUCACCGGCCGCAAGGGCGACAUCAUCAUCGACACCGACGAGGGGUACCUCGACAUCAAGCCCGAGAAGAUAGCGACCCUCAAGCCCGCCUUCGUCCGCGACGGCACCGGCACCGUAACCGCCGCCAACUCCUCGACCUUCAACGACGGCGCCUCGGCCCUCGUCCUCGGCAACGCGGCGAUCGCGCGCGAGUACGGCGUCGGAUCGCGCGUGCUGGCGCGCAUCUGCGGCACGGCGGAUGCGGCGAUCGAUCCUGUUGAUUUCCCGGUUGCGCCGGCGAAAGCGGUGCCGAUUGCGCUGGAGCGGGCGGGGAUCACGAUGGAUCAGGUGGCGGUGUGGGAGUUUAAUGAGGCGUUCGCGGCGGUGAUUAAGGCGAAUGAGAAGCUGUUGGGGUUGGAGGAGAAGAGGGUGAAUGAGCUGGGGGGGGCGAUUUCGUUGGGGCAUGCGUUGGGGAGCUCGGGGAGUAGGAUUAUUGUUACGUUGUUGCAUCAGUUGAAGGUGGGGGAGUAUGGGGUUGCGGCUAUCUGUAAUGGAGGUGGUGCGGCGACGGCGAUUGUGGUGCAGAGGAUUGAUAAGGUGUAGAGGGGUUGUGUUGAAAUAUUUAGGCAUAUAGCGGAAUUAAAAGAUAUCGUUUUGUACAGAGGGUUUGGGAGGUGUUGUCUUUGUUGAGAAGGCGUCGAGUGUUCAGUGUCGAGUGUUCAGUGUCGAGUGUUCAGUGUCGAGUGUUCAGUGUCGAGUGUUCAGUGUCGAGUGUUCAGUGUCGAGUGUUCAGUGUCUUGUGCAUGCAGUGUCGAGUAUAUACAGACUUUGAGUGUAAACAGUGACGAAUGUGAAUAGUAGGAGAACCUCUGCAGAAGAACGCUCUACGGCAGAACACUUGCCUAAUUAGGAAUUCACCAACAAGUCUCAAAUCUCUCUCAUGGGUCUAUACAAUGCCUUAAUAAUAACAAUCAAAGAGCAAGACGCGCAGUUUAACUGUACAGAUUCUCCAUCGUCCAUCGUCCAUCGUCCAUCGUCCAUCGUCCAUCGUCCAUCGUCCAUCGUCCAUCGUCCAUCGUCCAUCGUCCAUCGUCCAUCGUC